AUGUCAUCCAUUAUUACUUCUAUCAAAGACCUUAUCGCCUCUUUAUUCGAGGUCAUAUUCUCCGUAUUCCAGACGGCGUUUGGCACAGUGUAUAGCCUGCUUCAUGCUUUCAUCGACUUCUUCGUUGGAAUCUUCAGGAUGGGUUUCCGCGCCGUCGGAGAGACUUUGGAAGCCCUUGGAGGUAUAGGCAAGUUCAUUGCCAGCAAUGUCGUGGUCAUCGCACUUAUCGCUGGUGGCGCAUACGGCUACCUACAUUAUCAACGUCGUCAAGGACGCCCUGUCAAAGUUGGAGAAAAGAAAUUGAAUUAG